AUGCGACCGGAGACCUAUGAUUGGUUAACAGAAGAAAAAUAUGUCAAAGUUGAGCCUUCACCUCCCUACACUCGAGCACUCAAUGGCAGCGGAGAACGCUCAGGGGGUGUAAUAAAGACUAAAGCACGAUUGAUGAGGAUCUCAUCAAGGUUACCUCAAGAUCUCGCUCCAGAAAUCAUUCGCGCGGCCGUAUAUUCGCACAAUCGGAUGCUACGGUACAACUAUGACUGGGAAUCACCUUACGAGAGAUUUCACCAAUUCAUUGCCGACAGGGAUGGAAAAUCUCCAGUCUCCUCCAAGCCUCAAUUAGCUCACCUGCAAGUAUAUGGGUGCAAAGCGUAUUCUUUGACAACUGGGUAUAUGAAGCAUGAGAAUAGACUGCAGAUAUUCAAUCCAAGAGCAUGUAUAGGUUAUCUCGUAGGAUAUGACUCCACGAACGUAUAUCGGGUUUGGAAUCUGGUGUUAAAUAAAAUUGGGAAAGCGAGGGAUGUUACAUUCAAUGAGGAUGAGACGUUUGACGAUGUUGAUGUCAAUGAGGAGGAGGUUACAAGGAGCAGACCAGAGGCCAGAGACCUCCCUUCGACAGUGGUAAACGAGCUCAUCAAUAUUGGGAAUAUCCCCACGCAAGACAAAGCACUAGGACGAAUGCCAAAUCGGGGCUUCGGAAGGGUUAUUACAACCCAUGGGCCGCAGGAAGUUGAUAAAGAGGAAGCAACGAGUCACUGGCGAGGUUAUCCAACCCCUCCACCGAUUCCACCUGCAGCGCUGCUUGUAGCCUCAAUUCAGAGGCCAAUUGAUGAGGUUCCAAUGCUAAUCAAGAAGUAUGAAUCUUUUGUACCUUGGAAGGCGACCUUUAUCGCCGGUUCACGGUAUAAGCCAAUUGGAACGUUUGAGAGCAAAACGUUAGAGAGAGAAAGGAUAUCGAGGAAUCAAUCGGUCAACAAAAUACAGGAUAAGAAGGAAGAAUGUGAUCGCUCCAAGCUCCAAAAACUGAUCCAACAAGAGCAGUUACAUAAGAUUCAUCGACGAGACCUACCUGACCCACCGAAAUGGCAUCGAGACUUGGAGACCCAUCUUCUAGGUGAGCAAUUUGCUCAAGCGAAGAGGGCUCACUUACAGAGCUAUAUACCAAUGAACUCAUGGACAACAGUUGACCAAUCUAUUGCCAAAGGCUCUCAGAUCCUUGAUUACAAGCACGGAUAUCUGGUCAAGUGCAAAGCACGUUUAGUUGUCAGGGGUGAUCAGAAAAGAUGA